AUGAUGAGUCUGUCAUUGAUAAGACCUGUAUUCCAUUCCAUGGUGAAGGAGACAAGACAGCUAUACCGUGUUUUAGCUAUUGAGUCCUCGUGUGACGAUUCUAGUGUGGCUUUGUUGGACUAUGAUGAGAAUACUGGCAUGGCCAAUAUAAUAUCGCAUUUAAAAUCUACAUUAAAUAGUAGCUUAGUCGGUGGAAUUAUCCCUACUGAGGCAUUGUUACACCAUCAACAGACAAUGCCACUUCUAAUAGAUCGGAUGAUGCAAAUCCCACAGUUUAAUGACUGUCCACUUGAUUUAAUUGCGGUGACAAGAGGUCCCGGGAUGGUUGGUCCUUUGUCUGUUGGUUUGAAUUUAGCUAAGGGGUUGUCAUUGGGCUUAUCCACAUCUGUCCUUGGUGUCCACCACAUGUUGGGACAUUUGUUGAUUCCAAGGAUGAGUUCAAGUGAUACAAGCAAUCAAAUAAAUUUCCCCUUUAUUAGUCUAUUAGCAAGCGGUGGUCAUACAAUGUUAGUAUUAUCUAAAGAUGUGUUAAAUCAUGAAAUUUUGAUUGAUACCAUAGAUAUUGCCAUUGGCGAUUCCUUAGAUAAGUGUGGUAGAGAAUUGGGCAUUAAGGCUAAUAUGAUUGCCAAAGAAAUGGAAAUUAUGGCUUCCCAAAGGAGAAACAAAGUUCAUUCUGUAAUCAACUUGCCUAAUCCAUUGUCCAUGGCGCAUAAUAAGAAUAAACUAUCAUUUUCAUUUGCGUCAUAUAUAACGUCAUUAAAAAACCAGAUUAAAGAUACUCUGAUUCAUGGUACUAAUCGUAGGGACUCCUUGUUGUUGAAUCAAAUUGCAUAUGAUAUCCAAGAAUCUCAUUUCGAUCACUUAAUAUAUAAGAUUAAACAAUGGGUGCAAAAAAAUAUACAUCUGUAUGAUACAGAACCUAGUCAAAUGGGGUUACAGUUUAUUGCAUCUGGUGGUGUCAGUUCGAAUAAAAGGUUAAGAUAUAGAUUGGAGAAUGAAUUGAAGCCAUAUUUCAAAUCGUUCCAUUAUCCAGAACAGAACGAUUUAUGUACAGAUAAUGCAGUGAUGAUCGGAUGGGCUGCAAUUGAAUUAGUUAAACAUUUCAAAAUUAAAGAAGGGUGUACGAUUUAUAAUAGUUUGGACAUUUUGCCAUUAAGAAAGUGGGAUUUAACGGAUCUUGUAAAUAUAUCUAGAUGGAAUAAACAGAAGUAA